AUUUUCCAGCAUUGUUGCAACUGACCUGAGAGGAGCAGGUUCAUUUAGUUACGGCCGUAACCAAAUAAAUGUCCAUCAGUCAUCGAAGAAUAUUCUUGUGCUUAAUUGAGUGUUGUUACAGUUAUUGAGAGCGUAACAAUUUAGAACCUUGACAACGGCGAGAAGCUAAUCGAAGACAACAGAGUGAAAACAAAAACAAAACAAAAAAACUAUGGAGUUUAUCGCAGAGGCGGUGCAUGCUUCGAUUGAUCUCACCCAAACGGAUUAUCACGACACCGUGAACGAUUUUUCACCUCCUCGUGCGUCAUCACCAGUUCCAACGCCGGUUGAUCAUUCUCAUCCUGAUCACGAUUCCUAUCCUACCGCAUUUUAUCGCCCAGAGAACGUCCAGCAACAACCAGAGGUCUUACCAUCUCAUUACGCUGCGCCUCCAUUAGAAUGUACAACCUUGGAACCCACUGUCAGCAAUGUAGAAAUUGAGAACUCUUACGGCGAUAUGAUUGCAAAUGGAAUGCGUGUCAUGCACUUUAUGGAUCAUCGCCCAUUUGACGUGUUUCAUCAUCAGCAGCAUCAUUAUUCUAGUCACUAUUUACCCAUGACGCAUUACCCGCCCGGUUAUCAUCCACCAGUGGAUGGACUAACGCCGGAACCUUACCCUCCCAUUAAUUCGCCAGCGUCAUUUUCUCCACAUAUAAUUGUACCUAAACCCGUACUCCACAAUAACAGCAGCAAUAGUAACUCUUCUGCUAAUUCGGUCGGAUUUCAACCAUACCAAUCACCUCAUUCACAGCCGUGUGUCGAUUCGAAUGUAAUCCAAAUGAAGAGUUCAAACGAGUGUGACACAAGCAGUGACGAGCAAUAUGGCAGUUACCACAUCGAGAUGCCACCAUGUAGUGUUUGUGGUGACAUCAGUUGCGGCAUUCAUUACGGAGUUGUGGUUUGUGAAGGCUGCAAGGGCUUUUUCCGACGAGCGAAUUUAAGAACCCCAGAAGAGCCGGCGUUUAUAUGCUUUUACAGUUCAAACUGUAUCGUCAAUCGUUCAAAUCGAAAUAAAUGUCGAGCUUGUCGAUUGCGUCGGUGCUACGAAGUUGGAAUGGUUUUUGGUGAUGGAUGCGAGUUGAGCAAAAAGCGGCGUCGAAAUCGAUAUGGACUGUCGCAGGAUCCACCUCUCCAACCACCGAUUCAUUGUCGGCCGCGGUCACUGCCAUCGCCGGACGUACUAGAAUGGAUGGGUUUCGUUGUAGCAGCUCAAUCGGCAAGUUUUACUUCCGUUUCUGAAAUAUUCGCUUCAAGGUAUGCUGCCGUCUCGUCACUAGGUCCGGAUCAACUGUGGCCACCUUGCGGGGAUCUCAGUCAUCACGGUUAUCAGGCUAUCCAACAUUUUGCCCAUUCUCUACCGUUUAUCGCUUUCUUGCCUCCUGAUUUGCGAGCUUACCUGUUAGAAACGAAUGCACUUGAUGUGAUGAUUUUGCGACUAACUUUUCGCUUUUGCUUGGAUCGUGAAUCCUUUCUUUUUCCGACUGGAGCUGAAGUUACAAAGGCUUGUCUCUCUUCCACACUCUUGGGUAGCACGGUAGCCAAUCGUCUUGCCAAUCUAGGUCGACUGGUGUUUCGAUUGGGUAUCGGUUCCGAUGAAAUGGCCUUUUUGUCAGCGCUGGCUCUACUCUCGUCGGACGCUAUGAAUGACGGAUCCUUGCAUGGCUACGCGCCCAUGCUAAACGAUAUUGCCAAUAAAGUUUUGCAGGCGUUUCAAUACUUUGUUGGACAACGCUGGUCAACCCGGCCCUUUUUCAUCGGGAAAUUGGUCGCUCUUCUAUCUGAUAUCCGAGCUCUACAGCAUUCCGUCGCACUUCAAACAUGGCUUGCACCGACUGGCUCCAGUUCCCACAGCGUUUAAAAAUGAAUUGUUAUAACGUCAAGUAAAUCCUUUCGCAGUUGUAUUUUUUCAUCAAGAACUUGGUUAAUAUUGCAGUGUAUUUGAAAUUAAGAAAAAUUUGUAUUGCGCAAACACGACACACGAGCGCUAACAAAAGAAGGUAAAUACACCAUUUCAAUGGCCUC